GUAAGAUCACCACUCAUCCUAGUAAUAUGACGAAAAGAGAAGGAGAAAACGUUACGUUACACUGUAAUGCUACUGGAAAUCCGCUCCCUACUUUAUCAUGGACAAAAGAUGGGUCUGAUAUAGCUAACAACCAUAGGAUCAGCAUUUCAGAAGACAAAAAACAAUUGGCGAUAACCAUUGCGAACCGAGAACACAGAGGAGGAUAUCUGUGUGUCGCCCACAAUGAAGUUGGAAACGAUUCCUUGAUAAUAGCCAUAUUAGAUGUACAAUAUCGACCUGAGAUAGCUUCUCAUCCACAGAUUGUUACGAAACCAGAAGGGGAAAAUGUGACAUUGACUUGUAAUGCUACUGGAAAUCCAGAGCCAGAGCUGUUAUGGUUCAAAGAUUAUGAACACCUCGAGAGAAGCAGUAACAGGAUUAGUUUGUCAGCAGGCAACAAGUCGCUGAUGAUAGCGAAUUUGAACAGAACAAAUAGCGGAAAAUACCUGUGUGUCGCCCAGAAUGAAGUUGGAAACGCUACCUCGAAUAUUACC